UCCUGUUUCCCGAGUCUUUGUUUAAUACUGAGACAGAGAGGAGGACAUGAAGCCAGUCUGCUCUCUGUAAGUGUUUCUGCCGUUCACACAUCCACCAGCAUGAGUUUACAACAGCGAUGCUUAUACACUCACAGCUUGGUCUCGGUCGUGACCUUGCUGCUGUUAACAGUUACAUCUGGUGACAGUGAUGCAGUGCAGAACAUCAUCACGACUGUUUUGGGACACAGCGUUACGUUCAGAUGUCCUUCAAAACACAGCACUCCUGCAGAAGGCUUGUACAUACUGAGAGUUAGAAAUGAUAAACCAGACGAGUUCAUCAACGGGUUUUAUAGAGGCCGACACAUUGAUGUGUUGCCUGAGUACAAGGACAGAACCAAAGUGAAUCAAACGGAGCUCAGCGUGGACAUGAGAAACAUCUCUGUCUCUGACGAAGGAUUGUAUAAAUGUGUUGUUUUCAUUAACAGCACACCUGAAAUCUCAGAGAUUCUCCUCGAAGUCACAGCUGAGUACAGCGUUCCAACAAUCACGAAAGACUGCAGUAAACCGGGUGAUGGCGGCGCAGGAAAGUGCUGUCAGUUAAGCUGCUCGGCGGUGGGUGGAUACCCACAGAGCACCGUCAGGUGGACGGGGCUUAAUCAAAGUCUGACUAACGUCAUUUACAACCGGAGUUCAGCAGAUAACGAGUCCAAAACAUGGACCAUCAACCAAACCAUCACGCACAACUGUGACCAGCCUGCUAAUAUCAGCUGUGCCGUAGGGGGCGCUGUUUCCCACACCAUCACCAUAUGUGAAACAGAAUCCUUCCCAUCUGUGGUGAUUGCAGCUAUCGCCGUCGUGCUUGUGUUUUUCCUGUUACUUAUUUCUGUCGUGGUGAUGAAGUACUACUUUUGUGGACGACAAACCUCAGAGCGUGGAUAUGAGGAAGCUGACUUUGACGUUUCUUUAGCCGACUGCCAUUCACAGCUCCAGCAUCUGAAAGAGGGUGACGAAACACUCAGGAGAUUUGCGCCAUUCUGUUAAGUGGAAGUGCUUUAGCACAGAUGAACAAAUAGGGCAGAUUGUCCAGCUAAACACUGUCUUUAAAGUGGCUUGACUUCUGUAUAGAGGCCGGGCCUGACAGAUGCUUUGACGAAGCAAUGCUGGACUGUCCUGGCACAUUUGAAGCUUAUUUAUUUGAAGCUUUAUUUUUUAAAGUGAUAGGUGACACAAAACUUAUUGAAAGUCUUCUCUUUUUAAGAGUGUAUGUGUCAUUUUCAGGUUUAAUUUAUAAUCUGGCAAAAUUUUAAAAAUGUAUAUGUCUGUAUGAUGUAUCUCAAUGAGAUGUAAAUUGUUUUAAAAGUGAUUUUAUAACGUUUAAGCAUGAAUCCAUAAGUAAGUCUAUGAGCAUAACUGUUUUAGAGUUUAAUAAGCCCAUUAGUGGUUAUAAAUUGCAACACAGUUUUUAACCUUUAUAACUAUUAAAGUGUUAUUCUUUUUUACACAA